AUGACCGUCAUUAUGGACAAAUUGCCGUCCAUUAAGAGCCUUUACAACUCCUACUACGCACUGUCGCCGCCAGUCUCAACAGAGACACCAACAGUCGACUCUGCACCUAUCACUCACAAUAAAGAGCCCUCGAGCGAGGACCGAAUCCGUGUUCCUUGUCCGAUCCCACCACGAGAUUCGAACCUCGAUAUGGAAGCAAAUCAAGUUGAGCCUGAACAGUGCGGGUUCAUUCCUCUGUAUGACGGUUGCAAUGCUCCCCGUACGAAAUUUGAGGAGGGCAAGGGCCAUCCGGUUCGUGGAUACUGCGAUCACCAUGUGCCAUGGUCAUUGGAACCGGUUGAUGGCAGUGAGCCACAGGAUGUCGGCGCAAAUGGCAUCGAUGGCGCAGUCCUUGAGCACGGAAAGAACACCGGCGCAGACGAAACCCCGUUGCCGACACCAUCUGCGAACACUGCUCCCGACGGUGAGGACGCAUCGCGGGCGGAUGACUACGGGCCUUGGGGCGAGCCUAUCACUUUCGCUGAUUUCACGUAUCUCACGCUGCUAAGCCUUGUCAAAGACAGCGAGCACUGGGUGCCGAAUGAUGUUUCUGCGUCUGCGUCACAGACUUUGACCUGGAACGACAUCGAGAAUGCCGAUUUGGAAAAGUUCUCUGGAGACGAGAGGGGAUUCGUCACCUCCGAGCCUGACGCACUAUAUACGCCUUGUGUAUAUGCGCCAUCUCUUCAUGAACCGUCUCUGACCGCAUCCUUGGACCACGACGCCUCUUCUCAACGAUCUGAGGCUGCCGAGGUCUGCUCCUUGGUCUUGCUGUUGCUCAUCAUCUCGCUCACUUUGAGCUCUCUUUACAAGUACCUACAGCGCCGUGCCUCAGCAGCUGGAAUGCGCAGUCCUGCCAAGUCACGCAAGAGCGCCAAUGACGAUGGCAACAAUGUCGAGAAUCACCCUGCUUGCAGCUCCGGCAUGACUCUCGGCUUUGUCUCUGGCUCCUUACUGACUCUCUCAAUGUCACGAACUCACGACCAAGCCCUCGAGCGUGCUGGUAUCUGUGUCGGCACCGUCACACUCUCCUGGCUCAUUAUGAACACACUCGCUACCGUCAACGUGAUUGUGCACGAGCGACCUGCCUGGGCAGUCCGAAUUCUGGAUCACAUCAAGGCUUUCUUCGAUCAAGUCACGAAGAAAUCUCGCGCAGGAUAUGCUAAGAUCUGCAACGCCAUCUUGCGGCUCGCCUGGCAUUGCGCAUUUGCAAUCAUGCUUAUGGCUUUCAUCAUGCUUCUGCUCGCGAAUGCUACGAUGAAGUCUCUCCCAGAGACGACAGGUGAGGAGAAGGCGUCGAAUCAGGGAUCCAGUGCUGCACAGAAGAAGCAAGGCGAAGAGAAUGACGAUGCUAAGCACAAGGCAUGGACGAAGCCAUGCACACUCGAGGAGCUUGAUCCACCCAAGAUCAAUCCUUGGCUUAAGCGCGCCGAAGAGCAGCGAGCUAAGAUUGCAUCGGCUUCUCGUGCAUGGGAGUCAUCGUCUGACGAACCGAAGGCCAAGUCAGCUUCCGAGGCCGACGAACGUCUACCAGCGAGAUUCAUCUGGAGAUCGCAAAAAGAGCGCUUGAUGAAAAAAGUGAGAUAUCAGCUUUUGCUUAAAAUUGUGCGUUUUGCGUUUGAUAGAAUAUACGGGCAUAGACACAGACACGUACAGUCUCUCAUAGCAGCACUCAAAGGGGAGUUCUACAAUCAGCUACAUCAUUUUCCACGACGUCUCGAGACGGAAUUCGGGAGUCAAACCCAUACUGUCAGUGCAUCACAGCACUUCUCCCUCUCUCUUUCUCCAACUACACACAUCCGCUUCAUUUUCCAAACCCCCCCAAAAAUCCUACCUUCAUCGUUAGCAUGUCUCGCCAGCGCAGCACCCCUCGAUCGGCAAACGGAGGAGGAGGAGGAGGAGUACCAGGUAGGAUUCAGUGCCAAUCUCAAUGCCGGAGGUCUGCUGGCUGCCGCUGCACAGGGUGACUUCAAUGCUGCUGCCGAAGUAGCUAACUAUGGUUUCAACGCUGUUGGAGAUGCUGCUGACUAUAAGCUCAGUAGGAGCAGCAGCAAGGCGCUUAGACUGCUAAAGGCCAGUAGACUCAACAGGAUGCUUAGCACUAGGGUCCAUACGGAGGCUUCGGUCAAGGCUCAGCAGAUCGUCUUGGUGAUCAACAACUGA